GUGGAAAUCACCUACAAAGGGCCUAUACUAGUGUAACCGAAGCGACAAUCACAACGUUUAGGGUUUAGUGAAGACAUUGGGAAAAGCGAGGAAUAUCAAUGUUCAUCGAUUUUUUUUUUUUACUGAAAGCUAGCGUGCGUGUGUGUAUAUAGGGUCAUCUUAAUUCUGCAAUUAAUACAAAAUAAAUUAGUGUCCUAUUCCAGGUAUAUUCCUUUGUAGCUGGGCUGUUUCAAUCUCUUAGUCGGUAAACAUCUCAAGUCUGAGUUGAUACAAGUUUUCUCAGUAGGUGUGCUUUCAACCGUUGGAGGUCGAUUGGAAAAGAGAGACUUUAUUGCCCUUGCAUUGCAUGGGUUUAGACGGUGUGCAAGGGAUGAGGAACAAGAAGAAGAGGGAGGUGUUGGAGGUAGAGGAAGAGAAAGAUUCAGAGGAUUGGUGCUUCGAAUGCAAAGAUGGUGGAGAUCUUAUUAUUUGCGACUACAAGGAUUGCAUUAAAGUUUACCAUCCGGGAUGCGUGGGGAAAAAGAAAACCUUCAUGAACUCUGAAAGGCACUGGACUUGUCGUAGGCAUUCUUGUUCAGUGUGCUCUAGUACCCCAAGGUUUCAUUGCCUUUGCUGUCCAAAUGCAUCAUUAUGUAGAGAUUGCUUCAGUGCUUCUGAGUUUACGCUGCUAAAAGGGAAUAAUGGCUUGUGCAAGAGUUGUUUAAAGCUUGUUCUGCUUGCAGAAGAAAACUCAGAAUAUGGUUUAGAAGGAGAGAAAAUAGACUUCAAGGAUCGUGAUACUUUUGAGUGCCUGUUUAAAGAGUGUUGGGAAAUCCUAAAGGAACAAGAAGGUUUUACUUUGGAUGAUGUCUAUUCCGCAUAUGCCACAUUAAAGGGAAAAAAUCAUAAUUGCAGAUUUGAUUCAGUAAAUAAUGGUGAUAGUGACGAAAGUAGAGACCUGACAACAUCAGACGGCGACACUAGUGCUAUAGAGUUUCAGAAGACAGUAGGAAAAAAGAAGAGAUUUCAGCCAAUGGAAUUUAUAGGAUGGGGUUCCAAACCUCUCAUUGAGUUCCUCAGAUCCAUUGGGAAGGAUACGACCAAGAAGUUAUCCCGGUUUGAAGUGGAGUCUAUCAUCUCUUAUUACAUCAAGGAUAAUGACCUCCCAAAACAGAAGAAAAUGGUUCAAUGUGAUAAUAGUCUGUAUUCUAUCUUCAAACAGAAAUCCAUCAAUAUGGCAAAAUUAUAUCAACUUCUGGAGGAACAUUUUGCAGAAGACAUUAUGAUAAUAGAGGAUAGUGGAAGUCAGGAUGAAGAUAUAAUCAGAUUGGAAGAUAAGAACAAAGGUACAAAGAGCAAGAAGAGAAGAGUGAGCUCAGAUGUAAUAACAACUGAUGAAAACAAAGCUCCUAGUAUCCAUAAAAGCUGUUUUGCAUCUAUUAUUGCUGAGAAUAUGAAGUUUGUUUACAUAAGAAGGAGCUUACUAGAAGAGUUAUUGAAGGAGCCUGAUCAUUCAGAAAGCAAGAUACUAGGGAGUUUUGUGAGAGUGAAAAAUGACCCUCAAGACUACCUUCAGAGAAAUAGUCACCAGCUUUCACAAGUUAAAGGCAUGAAGAAAAUCAUGGCAACUAAUGGAGCAUACUUUGAAAUUCUCCUGCAAGUUUCCCAUUUUACAAGAGAUAUUCCCAUUUCUUUGCUAUCAGAUUCUGACUUCACUCAGGAAGAAUGUGAAGAUUUGCGCCAACACAUGGCUGAAGGCUUGCUAAAGAAACCUACAGUUGUUGCGCUUCAAGAGAAGGCGAGAGUUCUGCAUGAGGACAUAACUAAGCAUUGGAUUCAGAAAGAGCUGGUGAGAUUGCAAAAUCGGGUUGAUUACACAAACGAGAAAGGAUUGAGAAGAGAGCUAGUUGAAUAUUUGGAACAAAGAGAGCGACUAAAGAAACCAUCUGAACAGGAACGACUGUUAAAGCAGUUACCAGAGGUCAUUCCUGAGGUUAUAGACAUUGAAUCGGGUUCUCUGGACUCCGUGGUGAUUGAUAAGCAGUGAAGUGUCUGCUCACUACAAUUGAUCUUGUUGGGGUGAACAAGUUGACCUUGAGCAAUCCGAACUUCUCUUUUUGGCUUUCAGUGAUAUGACUUGUGGACAAGUUUGAUGUAGUUUGCUUUUCCUUCAGAGUGCUUUUGCUAUUUUUCUUUGAGAAAACAGCUUUGGUAAUGGGAUUUAUCUUUCUUAAUGACUUUCGUUUCUGGAAUGACUAAUAACCAAAUAACAGUUACUGAACAUGUAUAUUGCAACACUAAAUUAUAGA